CUGAUCGUUCGAUUUCGAUAUGUCGACUACGCCAGUCGACCUCACCGCCGCAUCGACUAUCGACCGCAGCCGACAUCGAUAUCUCGCCGACGAUUUGCCAGGCGUGUGCAACAACACAGGACAUGGUCAUCGGGAGGGGGUGGCUCAGAGGGAGGGGGACCCCCCUUACCCCUUGUGGCCCCCCCGGAGACAAGUUCCCCCUCACCCUACACCAUCAGUGUACGGAACAACAGUAGCAGUAUACGCAACGAUGGACUCUCCUCUUCAGAUACUAUUACCGGCGAAAAUCUAACGAAACGAUCAUCCACUUCGACAGGCACUAACCAGACGAGCGAUAGCUAUAAUAUAAAAGCCGAUCAACAGUUGAGGAGAGUUGAAGAUAGCGUGAGGGUGGAGGUGAGCUGCAGUAACAUAGGGAUGCCCCAGCUGACCGUGCCUCUGCCGUCGCGACGCGAACGGUGUCGCUUCACGCUGCGACCUGUGUCGCAUACGGUCGGCGAUCUGCUAGCCAUGCUCAGGCACGAGGACAAGGGCAUCGACCGUGUAACCGUUACCACCAACGACGGCGUGAGAAUAGCGUCCUCAAGCUCCAUAGAGUCGCUACUAAUGGACGAUUUCAAACUAACCAUUAAUGACGUAGAAUAUAAUGUAGAUGUUCCUGAUAGAAAUAUGCUCAAUAUGACUAAGGAUGACCUGAACAGACUCUCGGAUGUGCGGACUCUGGUGCAUCAGCUGUACGAAGCCUUGAAUGUGGAAGAGCACCAGAUCAAGAAAGAGCGCGAACUAGUCACUCAGCUUGAAUCGUUGAAAGUUAGUCUCGAACCGCUAGAAAAGAAGCGGCAAUCGCUGGAGGCAGUGGCGAUUCGACGCACGACGGUGCUGACCUGGUUCGGCCUUAGCCUGAUGUCGGUGCAAUUCGGCAUCCUGGCCCGACUCACCUGGUGGGAGUACAGCUGGGACAUCAUGGAGCCGGUCACCUACUUUGUCACCUACGGCACUGCCAUGGCCGCCUACGCCUACUUUGUGCUCACCAAACAGGAAUACUUGCUGCCAGACGUGCGCGACCGCCAACAUCUGAUCACGCUGCACAAACGCGCCAACAAAAUUGGCCUCGACGUCACACGCUACAACUCGCUCAAGGACGAGAUUGCGCGCAUCGAACAUGACCUGGCGCGCCUGCGCGAUCCCCUCCACCUUCACGUGCCUCCCCCCUCCACCGCCGCUGGGUUCCCCUCCACCGGCGCAGCUGGCCUGCGCAGUGGUCUCAUUUCUCAGUCGGCUGCCAACUCUCCUCUGGAGAGGUUGCGCAGCAUUCUGAACAGGAUAAAGCGGUCAUAGUGUGAAUGUGCUCCCCUCUCCACCCGAGAAACCUACACCCCUACACCAUCUCUCUUCCCGAGAGGUUGUGUAGUGUGCUCAACGGUAUGAAGUGGUUGCAGUUGACAGCAAUUGAUGCUGUUUGGCUGAUUGAUGAACACAUUGGGGUGUUUUGUUUUGAGAAUUGAAUUUUAUUUCCAUAGAAAUGGGAUCUAGGUGAUUUGGAAGACAUCUCUUGUAGGAUGCCAUGGCCUCAGUGAAAUUGCAACGUUGCAUAACUGGGUUCAAUCAGCUGACUAAACCAGAAAAAUGUAAGCAACAUACCAUAACUGGGAUAAAUCAGCUGACUAGCCCAGAUGUAAGCAAUGUAGCAUAACGACUGGGUUCAAUCAGCUGAUUAGCCCAGUAAAAAUGUAAGCAAUGUAGCAUAACUGUGUUCAAUCAGCUUACUAGACCAGUAAAAAUGUAAGCAACGUAGCAUAACUGGGUUCAAUCAGCUGACUAGACCAGUAAAAAUGUAAGCAAAGUAGCAUGACUGGGUUCAAUCAGCUGACUAGCCCAGU